CCACUUCCACCAGGAUAGACUGGGUUCGCUGUUGACCACAGACACACCAGGUACAUCUCUCCUCAGCAGGCAGGAAGACCAGGCGUUGGUGAACUUCGAGGCGCCAGCAUCCAUUACGCUGAAGUAUCAAGUGUCAAUAUUAUUUUCGACAGCGAGAAGAUUAAUAUUGAAUUUAAUGUGAUAUUUUUGUUGGUGAUAAACAUUAAAGAAGCAGAAUGGGAGGCUACGGAAGUUCGGGUAUCUUUGGCGCGUUUGCUAACACAUUUGGCGGAGGACUGACUGAUGCCUAUAGCGGAGGUGGCUUCGGAGGGCUGGGUGCUGCAGACGGUAUCGACAAAUGGUUGAUUGGAGGAGUUGGUUCCGCUUCUGGCCACAGUGGAGAAGGGUACAAAGAGAAGUCCAUCGACUGUAACUCAGCUCUUGGACUCAUUGGUCUACUUGGACUCAUUGAAUUACUCAGGGAUGUGAUAGGAAAUGUGAUAAAGGUAGAUGAAAAUGACAAAGACGAAACGAGAAGAAAGAGAGACAUAGGUGAGGAUAUAUCCGGCCUGCCUCUAGUGAGCUUCUUAGCCGGUGGUGGAGCCGGCCGUCUCCUACACACACUGCCUGCUGUAGUCUUGCCCAUGUUGCACAGCGCGGUAGAUGUGAACGACGGCUUCGAGACCCAGGAAUGUCUACAACUCAGUGUGUGUGAAGCAAACCGCGUUCUUCUAAAGGAAUCCUACACCAACGGAGGAGGAGCCCUUGGAGGUGCUGUAGGAGGCCUGGUGUCCUCCCUGCUGAGCCAAGUGGUCGCUAAGUCCUUCACGAGCGACCAGGAGACUUAUUUGAAGGCGUUGAAGGCGGCAGAAGCUGGGAGGAAGGGAGAGAACUGUAGGAAGGCGUUUUAUGGAUGUCAGGAUCUAAAGUCACAACAUACACCUCUUGAGGGCGUUAAUGUGACCAUGUUAGUCCAACAGCACCUGCUACAUGCCACCUAAACCUGUGUGUGUUUGUGGGGGUUAAUUAAUCGAUAAAAUAAUGUAAUGAAAACAGCAAUAAAAUUUUGUCUCUUA